AUGUUCAAAUUGAAUGCCCUGUUACUACUAUCUACACUUGCGCUGCUAAACAAAACUCAGCGAGUCAUCGGCAGAUCGGCACCCAUACCCGCCGCCGAAGCAGCUGAAAAUGUACUAAGUGAUUUGGGUAACAUAUUCAAAGUCGGUCCCGGUAUGAUGGUAUUCAACAACGGACCAUCCAGCUUCAUCAUUGACAAAUCACUCAAAAACAAUGAGGGCGGCGACGACGACGAUGACGACGUUGAUAAAAUCAAUUGCGCUGAGCGUAAUGCUGGCAAGUCAUAUUGUACUGAAGUGCCAAAUUAUUUGGAAGCUACGCAGCUGGAUAAGAUCGAUCCAGAUCAAUUUGAACAAUUCAAAUCAUACUUCAAGGACGAUUUUGUACCACCACAAAAUGUGACGAAUCGCAUGAAUGACCAACGUGAAGAGUAUUUUUGCAAUAGUAAAUCGCGCAUAAUUUAUCCGAAAAGUGUUGAAUCGAGGGAGUCAAAAUGGGUGCUGGUCGUACAACACGCCCAACAUAGGCAGGGUGUUUUGGUGGAACAGUGUGAAAAUGAGGAGCGGCCUUGCAAAUAUGACAAUCUCUUGCCGCUGAGAAUUUCAUCGAGAUGUAAACAGCACUAUGUAUAUAGAAGCUUGGUGGUGUUGGUGAAUGGCGUGUUGAAGGAGGAUAUGGUGAAAUUGCCAAACUAUUGUGAAUGUGUGUUGCGUUUUAAUUUAAGAUUUUAA